AUGGUUGUUAGUAAAAAUUCUUCAACAACUAAUUAUAAAAUAUUAGUCAUUGGUGAAGCUGGUGUGGGUAAAACUUGUUUAUUAACCCGUUUCACAGAAGAUAAAUUUGAUGAACAAGAGCCCUCUACUUCAACGACAUUUAAAACAAUUGAUGUUGAUAUUCCUGAGUGUAGUAAAAUGAAAAAUAUUAAAUUAGAAAUUAAUGAUACAGCAGGUCAAGAAAGAUUUAGGAUUUUAACUUCUUCAUUUUAUAGAAAGUCAUGUGGUAUCUUUUUAGUAUUUGACCUUAGUGAUGAAGAGUCAUUUAAAAAUCUUACAAAUUGGGCAAGGGAUAUUACUUAUUACGCUUCUCCAAAAUGUGUUGUUGUUCUUAUUGGAAAUAAAAGUGAUCUUAAUGACAUUAAAACGUCAAAAGAAGAUGUAGAUGAAUUUGUUAAUGAUAAGUCAUAUAAAAAUUAUUUUAUUUGUUCAGCAAAAACUGGUGAUGGAUGUAAAGAAGCACUAAAGUGUAUGGCCCUCGAAGUGGCUGAAACGUGUGUAGUAGAUGAUACUGAUACUGUCCCAAUUGAAAAUAAAAAACAACAAAAAAAAUCUAAAUGUUACCUUUUCUAA